UGUGCAAGUCAAAUAUUCUUUGUUAUUCUCUUUGGAGCAACUGAAUUUUUUCUCUUGGCAGCCAUGUCCUAUGACCGCUACGUGGCCAUCUGUAAACCCCUUCAUUAUAUGACCAUCAUGAGCCACAAGGUGUGUACGUUACUAGUCCUCUCCUGUUGGGUGUCUGGCUUAAUGAUUAUCAUCCCACCCCUUAGCUUGGGCCUCCAGCUUGACUUCUGUGAUUCCAAUGCCAUUGAUCAUUUCAGCUGUGAUGCAGGUCCCCUUCUAAAGAUCUCAUGCUCAGACACGUGGGUAAUAGAACAGAUGGUUAUACUUGUAGCUGUGUUUGCACUCAUUAUUACCCUAAUCUGUGUGUUUCUGUCCUAUACGUACAUCAUUAGAACAAUUCUGAGAUUCCCCUCAGCACAGCAAAGGAAAAAGGCCUUUUCCACCUGCUCGUCACACAUGAUUGUGGUUUCCAUCACCUACGGAAGCUGCAUCUUUAUCUACAUCAAGCCAUCAGCAAAGGAAGAG